AUGCAACAACCUCUUGGCUAUGAGCACAAAAACAAAGCACUUGUGUGCAAGCUUGAUAAAGCUUUGUAUGGCCUUAAGCAGGCUCCUAGGGCCUGGUAUGUGAAGCUGUCCAGCGUCUUCUAUAAAUUAGGUUUUCAUAGUAGCAAGUGUGAUCAGUCUCUAUUUGUAAGGAUCACAAAAUCUGAUAUUAUACAUGCCUUGGCCUAUGUUGAUGAUAUCAUUCUUACUGGUACAUCCUCUAUGUUAAUCACCAACAUUAUCAUAGCUAUGAAUAAGGAAUUCACACUCAAGGAUCUUGACAGUCUUAGUUACUUCCUUGGUAUAGAAGUUCAAAGGCCCUCUGUUGGUUUACUUGUAUUAUCCAAAACUAAAUACAUUAAAGAUGUGCUUAAGAAGGUAGGGAUGGCUUCAGCAAAAGGUGUUGCAACACCAAUGGUGUCCAUUUUGAAGCUCUUUAAAGAAGGACCUCAUCUAUUUGAUCAACCUGCACUUUAUCAGUUCAUUGUUGGGGCUCUUCAGUAUGCUACCAUCACACGUCCUGAGAUUAGUUUCUCAGUAAAUAAGGUUUGUUGGUUUAUGCAAGCUCCAUUAAAGGAACAUUGGGUUGCUAUCAAAAGGAUUCUAAGAUAUCUUGCAGGAACAAUUAAUCAUAGGCUAUGCUUCACUCCUUCUGCCACAAGAUCUGUUGUGGCCUUCUGUGACUCAGAUUGGGCUGCUGAUUGUAAUGAUAGAAGGAGUGCAAGUGGAUAUUGUAUCUACUUUGGUAGUAAUCUCAUUUCAUGGUCAUCCAAGAAGCAAACCACUGUUACUAGAUCAAGUACUGAGGUAGAAUACCACUUUAUGGUGUCCACUGUCUUAGAGGUCUUAUGGUUAAAGUCUUUAUUUUUUGAGUUAAAGCUCAAGAUUCCUGGCAUACCUCAAAUCUUAUGUGAUAAUCUUGGUGCAGUUCUCAUUAUUGCUAAUCUAGUUCUACAUGCCCAUACUAAACACUUGGAACUUGAUCUGCAUUUUGUUCGUGAACGUGCUAUUCGAGGAGAAAUUUGUGUUACUCACAUACUUGCAACUAGUCAAAUAGCUGAUGGCUUGACUAAGCCCUUGUCCAGCUCAAAAUUUACAGAGUUCAAAAGAGGUCUUCUAAUAGAAGAGUACGUCAAAUUGAGGGGGAAUGAUAUUGUUAAGUAG